AUGGAACCCGACGCCAGCAUCGAAACCAGCAGUAUGAUUCGAGUGGCGGUCCUUCCGAUCGCCGCCAUAUCCCCAACUCUCUUCCAGGACUAUGCUGCCAUGCUCCUCCGCCACCACACCGUCUCCCUAAACUCCAUCAGCUCCUUCUACACGGAGCACCAGAAAUCCCCAUUUGCAAACCAGCCGUGGGAUUCCGGAAGCCUCUGCUUCAAGUUCAUGCUCGGCGGUGCGCCACCCUCUCCCUGGGAGGAUUUCCAGUCCAACCGCAAGAUCCUUGCUGUCAUUGGCCUUUGCCACUGUCCUUCCUCUCCCGAUCUUCUCUCUGUUGCCAAUCAGUUCGCUGCAGCAUGUAAGAGCUAUUCAUCCUCACUUGUUCAGCGAUGCUUCGCCUUCUGUCCUGGAGACUCGCAGCUAGAAGAAGAGAGUUAUAAGGGGAGUAACAUAGUACUGUUUCCCCCUGCUGAUCGACAAACUCAGGAAUUCCAUUUGCAAACAAUGGUGCAAGAUAUUGCUGCUUCACUGUUGAUGGAAUUUGAGAAAUGGGUUCUCCAGGCAGAAUCUGGUGGGACUAUCCUGAAGACACCUCUAGAUUCUCAAGCGAGUCUGAGCUCAGAGGAGGUGAUUAAAGCAAAAAAGCGGAGGCUUGGCCGUGCACAAAAAACCAUUGGAGAUUACUGCUUGUUGGCUGGAUCACCUGUUGAUGCAAAUGCUCAUUAUUCUACAGCAUUGGAACUUACCAGAUUGACUGCCGAUUUUUUCUGGUAUGCCGGUGCGAUGGAAGGAAGUAUUUGUGCGUUCCUGAUGGAUCGUAUGGGCCUGAAGGAUCCACUUUUGGAGGAUGAGGUUAAAUAUCGGUACAACAGUGUCAUUUUGCACUACAGAAAAUCAUUUAUACAAGAUAAUGCUCAAAGGGUUUCUCCCUUAAGCUUUGAACUUGAGGCAACAUUAAAGUUGGCAAGAUUCCUUUGCAGGCGAGAGCUAGCUAAGGAGGUGGUGGAGUUGCUUACAGCUGCUGCUGAUGGAGCAACAUCUUUGAUCGAUGCCAGUGACAAGCUAAUAGUAUAUGUUGAAAUAGCAAGGCUUUUUGGUGCACUUGAUUAUCAUCGAAAAGCUGCAUUUUUCUCACGGCAAGUGGCUCAGUUGUACUUGCAACAGGACAAUAAGCUUGCUGCUAUCAGUGCAAUGCAAGUCUUGGCCAUGACAACAAAAGCUUAUCGUGUCCAAAGUCGAGCGUCUAGUCAACCUUGUAAUGACAAUGGACAAACUUACGCUGAUGGAGGAAAAAUGCACCACCAGUCAAUAGUCUCCUUGUUUGAGUCACAGUGGAGCACCCUGCAGAUGGUUGUGCUGAGAGAAGUUCUUCUGUCUGCAGUUCGUGCGGGGGAUCCUCUUGCUGCUUGGAGUGCUGCUGCACGUUUACUUAGGUCUUAUUAUCCUUUAAUCACUCCAGCUGGGCAGAAUGGUCUUGCCAAUGCACUUGCAAACGCAGCUGUGAGGCUUCCAUUGGGAACUCGUUGUGGUGACCCAGCUCUACCCUUCAUCAGGUUGCAUUCAUUUCCUUUACACUCAUCACAAAUGGACAUUGUUAAACGCAAUCUAGCUAGAGAAGAUUGGUGGUUAGGGUCUGCUCCUUCAGGGCCGUUCAUAUAUACACCAUUUAGCAAAGGAGAGCCAAAUCGUGGAGAUAAGCAGGAACUAACCUGGGUGGUUGGUGAGCCUGUCCAAGUGCUGGUGGAAUUAGCAAAUCCUUGUUGCUUCCAAGUGAUGGUCGAUAGCAUUUAUCUGUCUGUGAGUUCCCAAAAUCUUGAUGCCUUCCCUGUAAGUGUUAGUCUCCCGCCCAAUUCCUCAAAAGUGAUCACGUUAUCUGGGAUCCCAACCAAGGAGGGUCCAGUUUCAAUCCCUGGAUGCAUUGUUCACUGUUUUGGCGUGAUCACUGAACAUUUUUUCAAGGAAGUUGACAAUUUGCUUAUUGGGGCAACCCAAGGACUUGUGCUUUCUGACCCUUUCAGGAGCUGUGGGGCAGCGAAAUUAAGAAGUGCAAAUGUACCGAAUAUAUCAGUGGUACCACCCCUCCCGUUGUUGGUAUCUCAUGUUGUAGGCGGUGAUUGCUCCAUCAUGUUAUAUGAAGGUGAAAUCCGCAAUGUACGGAUUAGUUUAGCCAAUGCAGGCACGGUUCCAGUUGAACAGGCGCACAUCUCAUUCUCUGGAAAAAACCAAGACUCAAUAGUAUCAGUUGCUUUUGAAACUCUAAAGUCGGCCCUUCCUUUAAAACCUGGUGCAGAAGUGACGAUAUGUGUGACUCUGAAAGCCUGGCAGCUUGGCAUUACAGAUUCUGAUGCUGCUGCUGCCAGCAAGGGUGUCUCUGGGAAACAACUUAAAGAUGGGAGCACCCCAAUGUUAGUGAUUCACUACGCAGGCCCAGUGAUAAAUUCCGAAGAGCCGCAACCAGGAUUUAUUCCACCUCCCGGGAGACGUCUGGUUGUUCCGUUAAACAUCUAUGUUCUGCAGGGCUUGUCCUUCGUAAAAGCUCGUUUACUAUCAAUGGAAAUUCCAGCUCAUGUUGGUGAAUUUUACACCAAGCUCGUGCAAUCCAAAAGUGAUCCUACCGAGCAGACCAAUGGUUCUGAAAGACAAACUGAUGGUUUGAUGAAAAUCAAUCCUUACAGGGGAAGCUGGGGGCUGCGAUUACUUGAAUUGGAGCUGUCUAACCCAACAGAUGUUGUCUUUGAGACUAGGGUUUCUCUUGACAUGGAGAAACUCAAUAACAAGGAUGGCUCGCCCCGUUCUACCUCUGCCGAAUUUGGUGAUCCCAAAACAAGGAUUGACAAGGAAUGUACUGCUAGAGUGCUAAUACCACUAGAACAUUUUAAAUUACCUGUUCUUGAUGGCUCCUUUCUUGUCAGGAGUUGUUCUCAAGGUAAUGGGACAUUCAGUGGUAGAAGUUGUAGUUUCUCCGAAAAGGAUAUUAAGGCUGAGCUCAAUGCAUCCACUAAAGAUUUGAUCUCUAGAAUUAAAGUGAGGUGGCAAUCUGGACGUAACAGUUCGGGAGAAUUGGACAUUAAGGAUGCAAUACAGGAUGCUCUCCAGGCAUCAGUUAUGGAUGUGCUGCUUCCAGAUCCCCUCACGUUUGGAUUUAAACUUGCUAAAAGUAGCUCAGAGACACUCGUCAAAGCCCAUGACAUGACUAUGAUGGAAGUGCUGGUACGCAACAAUACAAAAGAACCUAUAAAAAUUGUCCUUAGCAUCACAUGCAAAGAUGUAGCUGGUCAGAACUGUGUCGAGGGUGGCAAGGCAACUGUUUUAUGGGAAGGUGUUUUGAGUGGUAUAGCCAUGGAGGUUCCUCCACUUGAAGAAAUGAGGCAUGUUUUCUCUCUGUAUUUUCUGAUCCCAGGCGAGUACAGUAUGUUGGCUGCUGCUGUGAUUGAUGAGGCUAAUGAAGUUCUUAGAGCUAGAGCAAGAAGUCAAUCAUCUGACGAGCCAAUCUUUUGUCGUGGACCGCCGUUUCAUGUGCGAGUGAAUGGGACUGCAUGA